AUGAACGCGUCUAAAGACGAAAAAACCGGAGGAGACUUUGUUCACGUGGAAAGUGAUUACAUACGGCGUGUUCUCGGUGAGCCCUUGCAUCAUGGUCUUUGUGCAUUGUUGCUCUAUAAACCGUUGGAUCCGAUUGAUUUUUUGGCCAACUAUCUUCGAUACUGGGUGAAACAUGUGCGUAACUAUCGCCGACAAAAAAUUGCAGAAGAACAGAUCGAUUUGCUGAUUGCCGCACAAAUUCCGUGGAAUGUUGGUGUGAUCGCAGAACAAGCGCGUCGUAUGGAACAAGAAGCUCUGGAGACAGCGCGACGCAUUACGGAGGAAGAAGCGCGUAAAGCAGCCAUUGAACGUGCUCGAAUCAAAGCGGCCGUCGAUUGGACCACGCGCAAAGCAAGCGAUCAAAUCCGGACAGAAACUGCAUCCAUCGUGUUAACUGAGACCGAAGAGAAGGCGGAAAAUUUGGCAGUCAAAAAAGCCGAGGCUGCAGAGAAAGCACGCCGUAAAGCGGAAGAAAUGGCUCGCCGAAAAGCCAUGGAAGAGGAAGAAGCCAUGGCUGAACAGGAAGGAGACGAAGAUAUGGAGGAAGAGGAGGAAGAUUGA